AUGGAGGACGUGGACGACAGCUCCGUGACCCUGUCGUGGGCGGCCCCCGCGCGGCCCGGCAGCGCCGGCCUGGACGGCUACGUGGUGGAGCACCGCGCCCACGGAACUACAGAGUGGGUGACUGCUAACAAGGAGCCCUUUCUUUCCCCCCGGUACACAAUCCACAACCUUACAUCUGGAGAUAAACUUGAGAUUCGCGUAAAGGCUGUGAAUUCUGUUGGAGUUAGUGUCCCAGCUGUCCUGGAACAGCCUGUCGCCAUCCGGGAGAUACUUGAGUAUCCUAAGAUCCGAGUGCCGCGCUCCCUGAGACAGACAUAUGUCAGGCAAGUUGGAGAAGUAAUCAACCUGCUGAUCCCUUUUCAGGGAAAGCCAAAGCCACAGGUGACCUGGACCAAAGAUGGGCAGCCCCUGGAUCUCAAGAGAGUGAACGUACGCAAUAGCGACAAGGAUACUAUUUUCUUCAUUCGCAUGGCAAAACUUGCUGACUCCGGCAAGUACGAGAUGACCCUCAAAGUAGAUGGGCUGGAGGACCGAGCCACUAUUGAGAUCCAAGUCAUUGAGAGGCCGGGCGUCCCAGAGAAUCUGAAGCUGGUCGACGUGUGGGGGUUUAACGUGGCACUGGAGUGGAGCCCGCCAAAGGACAAUGGGAACUCAGAAAUCAAAGGAUACACUGUCCAGAAAUCAGAUGAAAAGAGUGGGAAAUGGUUCACUGUGCUGGACCGCUGCACCCGCACCAACUGCACUGUGUCGGACCUCAUCAUCGGCAACAGCUACUUGUUCCGGGUGUUCUCAGAGAAUGCCUGCGGGCUCAGCCCAAAAGCUGCCAUCACCAAGGAGCUCACCCAUAUUAAGAAAAUAGAAACCUCCUUCAAGCCUGAGACGUACUCACGCAAGGACUUCUUGGAGGCUCCCAAAUUCACCCAGCCCCUGACAGACAGAACCACCACCCAUGGCUACAGCACCCAUCUCUUCUGCUGUGUGAGGGGCUUCCCCAUGCCCAAAAUUAUCUGGAUGAAAAAUCAGAUGGAGAUUCGGGAAGACCCCAGAUAUAUAUCCAUCAUUGAGCAGGGAGUUUGCUCUCUGGCAAUCCGUAAGCCCAGCCCAUUUGAUGGUGGGGUCUACACUUGCAAAGCUGUGAAUCCCUUAGGUGAAGCCUCAGUAGACUGCAAGCUUGAUGUGAAAGUGCCCCAGUGAGGACGGUUCGAGGGGCUGAUGAUGAGAAAGAAAGAAGCUGCAGCUUGGAGUGAAGUUGCCCCUUUGUAGCAUACCAGACAGAAAUGCAGCAGAUGGUGAUGCCUGCCAGCUUUCUUCCUGCCGCAAGGCCUGGCUGUGCAUAUCCCAUCAGUUCUGGCUUGUGUGAGCAGCAUCCCAUCGGGCGGACCUCACACCUGCCUGUGCAUUGGCCCUGCUGUGAUGUUGUAACUUGGGAAUGUGCAUUUAGCUGUGUUAAUAAAAAGAUUCCUGUGGG